CUCUAAAUGAUCUGUUUACUAAAUUAAGAAAUUAACAGAUCAUCUGGAAUUGUGGAGUCGAGAGAAACUAGUGUCCACUUCCUCAAAGAUCAAUAUUGGUGUCCAUUUCGAUCAUUCCUGUGAGUGGCGGUAGUGUUCCAUGAGAAGACUCAAAUAACAAAGAAGAAGAACAUCAGUUCGGUCUGGUCUGACCGACGAAUCUGAUCAGUUGUCCAUCUGUUGUUGUCUUUGGAAGCAGAUCCUCCGAUGAGCAUAAGGUUUUUGAUCAUAACGCGUUCAGUAAAACCACCCUUAAGAUGGAAGAAACGAAUUCUUCAAUGACUCUUCCAACGGAUUAUCUCCAAUAUUGGUAUCAAACCAGUCAGCCAUAUUUCCAUGCACCAGAAGCUACGGAGUAUCAUCACAUGAACAAUGUCAAUUAUAACAUGGACAAUGUCAAAGAAGAGCGGGAUAUGGCAGAACUCACUGUCCACCGGGAACCUGCUGAAUACCAUUAUUCUGUGCCACAACAGCCUGCCUCACCACAGAAUACUGCAAUGGCACCCCCUGCUAAGAAGAGAGGUAGACCCCCAAAACACAGAUCUGAGGAUGGUAAGCCAGUGGCUGACAAUGACAACACUCCCAAGAAGGCAAAAAGAACACUUGAUCGAUUUAAUGGUAUGUCACCUGAAGAAGUAAUGACCAAAACCCUGCCCGAUGUAAUCACCCACAAUCUUGACAUAUUAAUAGUUGGAAUUAACCCUGGACUUCUAUCAGCCUACAAAGGACAUCAUUAUCCAAAUCCAGGAAAUCAUUUCUGGAAGUGUCUCUUCCUCUCUGGCCUAACUGAUGAACAGCUCAAUUACAUGCAUGAUCAAACUCUGCCAGAGAGGUAUGGAAUUGGCUUCACCAACAUGGUAGAGAGAACCACACCUGGAAGCAAAGAUCUCUCAAGUAAAGAGAUUCGUGAAGGUGGCAGACAACUGGUAGAAAAGCUCAAGAAAUACAGACCGAGCAUCGCUGCCUUUAAUGGGAAAGGUAUCUAUGAAAUUUUCUGCAAAGAAAUCUUUGGAAUAACAGCAAAGAAUCUUGAAUUUGGCCUGCAGCCAUACAAAGUUCCUGACACACAUACAGUGUGCUAUUUGAUGCCGUCAUCAAGCCCCCGCUGUGCCCAAUUUCCCCGUGCUCAGGACAAAGUGCAUUUCUAUAUUAAGCUCAAAGAGCUGCGGGACCAGAUUAAGGGUAUUGUCCGAACUGCGGACAUUCAAGAGACUGAGUACUCUUUUGACCUAACGUUAGCGAAAGAGGAUGCUAAAAGGGUAGCUAUCAAAGAAGAAAACCAAGAUCCAGGAUACGAGGCUGCCAGUGGGUCAUGGCAAGGGACAGACCAGGGGACCAGUCACUACUCUUUGCACAAUAUGGAUGCACUUUAUCAUGGUGGCCAACAUGGUGACCCGUUGCAGUUUGGAACAUCUACAGAUUUACACAGCCUUCAGCAGAGCACAUACAAGACGGAUCAUUGCACAUAAGACAUGAACAAGCCUGAAACAAGUCUUUACCAAACCAUAUGGACUGUUCUAAAGUUUUUUUUAACCACCCUCGUAAUGCAUGUGGAAAGCCUUGGAGGGGGUAAAAAAAUGCCAGUUCCAGCCUGACCUUUUUUUAUAGGAUUCCUUCCUUCAGAGCUGUUAACUUUUACAGUUUGAUUUUGUAACUAUAAUGGAUGUAAUUUGUAAUGUAUGCCUUUUGUAUCUAUUUAAGGAACGAAAGUGUUUUAUUUGUACUUUGAUGUUGAUGUAAGUGGAACAGUACCUGUAUUUUCUUUUUUCUUUUCUGGAAUGUGGUGUAAGUGGGCAGCACAUUUUCAUUUCUGAUGAAAUCCAUUAAUGGAUGUGGACCAUAACUGUUGAACAUUUUGUUCAAACUUCAUUUAUACUGUGAUUAAAUAUCCAACUGUGUUUGGAUAACAACUGCUAUAAGUGCAAGGCUGAAUUACGUCUUGUCUGACAUGACAAAAAGCCAUGUUGGUACUCAUGUUGGUUGGUAGUCAUUUCAAUGUUUACAUAGGAUCGGCAAGUUAUAUCUAUGUAACUUACCUUCCUUCUAAUUUAAGUGUACUGUUACUUCAUUUAUUGUUUACCUCAGAGGAACAGCUCUAUGGUUGCCUGGUGCUUCUAUUAUGCUGUGUCUCAUGGUUUUAUGCCUAUGUUUCUUAACUAUACCUCAGAAACAGGCUAGUACAGUAGCCUACCUUUGUUACCAUUCACUUUCACCGUCUGAUUGAAAUAAACUAUGUACAUGUGA